GCCGGACAGUCUUAGUUAGCUGGCUAAAUCUGUCUCUUGCCUUUCACCUGACUUGAAGCCGAAACCUUAUUUAACGGAGAUCGAGGUUUAACUUUGUUUUGUCGCUGUCAUGGCGUGUGGAGCUACUUUGAAAAGGACAAUGGAUUUCGACCCCUUGAUGAGUCCCACUUCUCCGAAAAGAAGACGAUGUGUCCCAGUAUCACCAUCAUCCUCCCAGUCCCCAAGAAAAUACCUGCGCAACGAACCAUCACCUUUCGGGGAAGUUUCAUACAGACUAACAACAGAGCAAAUACUUCAUAACAUAAAACAUGAGCAUAAGCGAAUGCAGAAAAGGAAGCACCUGGAUGGAAGUUUCCAGCACACAGAGACUUGCUGCUCUCUCGAAUCCCAAACCCAUGCUUCAUAUCUGAGUGGACCCACUCCUCAGGGAACGUCUAUGGGAGCACUUUCCCCAUCCAGAAAAGACCAACCUUUGUUCACACUUAGACAAGUUGGAAUGAUCUGUGAGCGUCUCUUAAAAGAGCGGGAAGACAAAGUUCGAGAGGAAUACGAGGAGAUGAUGACUUCAAAAUUGGCAGAACAGUACGAUGCCUUUGUGAAGUUCACUCAUGAUCAGCUAAUAAGACGUUUUGAGGAACAGCCAGCAAGCUAUGUUUCCUGAGGCUCAACGACAUCACGGCAGGAGGUGAACUUUCAAGCAACUUACUAAGCUGAAUGUCCUUUGGGAAAUACCUUGACCGACAUAUUCAGUUUAAAAUAAAAAUCUGAACUCAAAUUCACGCUGGCAGAGGCUACUGCAGGUUGUCAGU